AUGUCAAAUCUAACCCAAUGUCAGGCAUCCCAAUCGCCGGCAUGUCUUGUUUUAGCUGGACGCUCCCCUUCAAAGAUGGAGGAAUGUAUCAUCGCUAUCAAGAAGGACUUUCCAAACACCAACUUUCGUACCCUCCAYAUGGAUCUUUCCAGCCAGAAGUCUGUCCGCGCAGCUGCCGCAGAGUUUCUCUCCUGGUCCACCGUUCCCAAACUCGACAUCUUGGUCAACAGUGCCGGAGUGAUGGGCAUUCCCGAACACACGCUUACUCCUGAGGGAAUCGAAAUGCACUUGGGCUGCAACCACAUUGGCCACUAUCUUUUCACCAAUCUUAUUGCUCCCAAGCUCAUCAAAGCAGCUGAAAGUAGUCCCAAAGGCCAUGUGCGAGUAGUCAACGUCAGCUCUGGCUCGCCGGCCAUCGCUGGCUUCCGCUGGUCUGAUUACAACUUCGAAAAAGUCAACAAUACUCUUCCAGAAGCUGAGCAGCCAAACUAUACAUGGUUAGAAGGCUGGGGAUACAAGGACGUGCAGUCCAAGAGCUAUGUCCCGAUCGAUGCGUACAAUCGCAGCAAGGUCGCUAAUUUGCUAUUUGCGGUUGGAGCUAACAAGCGUUGGUUCGAGCAACAUGGUAUCUUGACAUUGGCACUCCAUCCAGGUGUUAUUGAGACCGAACUCAAGAGAGACUUCGCCAAAGAGACCAAGGAGGCUGUCGCCGAGUUGGGGAAGAAGGGUCUCUACAAAUUGAAGACUCUGGGUGCUGGUGCAGCGACUAGUCUUGUUGCAGCCCUGGAUCCAGCCUUGGCAAAAGGAGUGGGACAGGAGAGGGAUGGCAAGGAGAACUACGGGUCGUAUUUGAUGGACUGCCAGAUCAGUGAAAAGGCGGACCCUCGAGCGAUUUCCAGUGCAGAAGCUGAGAAGCUGUGGGCACUUUCAGAGGAGUUGGUGGGAGAGAAGUUCGCCUAG